CAGCGCGUGCCUGAGGAUGGAGGCAGAGAAGCAGACGAAUGGCUUCGAUUACCUGGAGAGAAGCAGCGCCAAGGCGGAGAACGAUUUGUUCGGCGAGCUUCCCGUAGAGUCUGAACACAACGACAGCAUGGAUGCUGUCAAUGAAAGUAAUUUGGAUGAUGCAGCUAACCAGCGUACUUGCCUCAUCUGUGGGGAUCGGGCCACAGGCCUGCACUAUGGCAUCAUCUCCUGCGAGGGCUGCAAGGGUUUCUUCAAGCGCAGCAUCUGCAACAAGCGCGUGUAUCGCUGCAGUCGUGACAAAAACUGCGAGAUGUCACGCAAGCAGCGCAACCGAUGCCAGUACUGCCGCCUGCUCAAGUGCCUGCAGAUGGGGAUGAACCGCAAAGCAAUCAGGGAGGAUGGCAUGCCAGGAGGGAGGAACAAAAGCAUUGGGCCUGUGCAGAUCACAGAGGAGGAGAUAGAGCGAAUUAUGUCAGGGCAGGAGUUUAAGGAGGAUGUCCCCGAGCACACCUGGGGCAACAACGGUGACAGCGACCACAGCUCCCCCAGCAACGGCGCGUCGGAAGGCAACCAGCCAUCACCCGCCUCCACCCUGUCGUCCAGUCGAUCUGUAGAGAUGAAUGGCUACACCGCGGCCCUCAGGGAACAGUACAUCAACACCUCCAUGUCCACACACUACCAGCUCCUGCCUCACCUUUUCAGCUACGCUGCUCAGUCGGGCCUGUUGACCCCCCAGCCUCGCAGCCUUUACUCACAGUCCCAUCCUCUGGUGCUGCAGCUGGUGGCUGCUGAGGACCUGUCCCCACUGACCACUCCUAUGCUCAUAGAAGACGGGUACAAAGUGACUCAGGUAGAGCUGUUCGCGCUGCUGUGUCGCCUGGCAGAUGAGCUGCUGUUCCGCCAGAUUUCCUGGAUCAAGAAGCUGCCCUUCUUCUGUGAGCUCUCCAUAGAGGACUACACCUGCCUGCUCAGCUCUACCUGGCAGGAGCUCAUCCUGCUGUCCUGCCUCACCAUCUAUAGCGCCCAGAUCUUUGGAGACCUUGCCGACGUCACCGCCAAGUACACCCCUUCUGAUGAUGAAAUCCAGGGCUUCAGUGAAGAUGGGAUGGAAGUGAUGGAGAGGCUGAUAUAUCUGUUUCGCAAGUUCCACCAGUUAAAGAUCAGCAACGAGGAAUAUGCCUGCAUGAAAGCCAUCAACUUCCUCAACCAAGAUAUCAGAGGAUUGUCCAAUAUCUCCCAGCUUGAGCAGCUGAACAAGCGCUACUGGUAUGUGUGUCAGGACUUCACUGAGUUCAAGUACCCUCACCAGCCCAAACGCUUUCCUGAGAUCAUGAUGUGUCUGCCUGAGAUCCGCUGCAUUGCAGGAAAGUUGGUGAAUGUCCCUCUGGAGCAGCUCCCACUCUUGUUCAAAGCAGUCUUGCACUCCUGCAAAUCCAGCCUGACCAGCUACAGGACCGGCCCGUUGCCCUGCCUGCCCACCUCCUCUGCAAACUAACCCCACCCCCCACCCCCACACUGCCUGAGUCAAGGGACCGGUCUCCCCUCCUGUGAAUGUGACAAGCAGCUAGUUUCGUUUUUUUUUUUUAAAUAUUUUUCUUUAUAUAUUUAUUACAUGACAGAGCUGAAUGUAUGCUGAUUUACACUGUGCACAUGCUUCUGUACAAAACAAAUGCUCGAAGAUGCAUUGGUCUUUGGAGUUUACAAGUGUAUUUCCAGUUUGCUCAAUGUGUCGGCGUUGCCGUUGUUAGACUAGACUUUAAAAAGAACUUAUUUUAUUCAGACAGGGCAAUGAGACACAUUAGUGAUUUUAUGACUACCUCAGGAAGAUGUCGUUGCUAUUUUCAGGUACCUUUUCUUGCUUUAAAUGAAGAGUUGCCCAGUCUAAAACCAAACCUGUGGAUGCUUUGGCAUCUCAAUCAGAGACUGAAUGUUUAAAUGAGCUGCAAGAAUCAGAGUUUAAAAACACAGUGUCUUUGAUACACUGGAAAUGAAAAAGUAAUUAGCAAAAUUUUAGCUACUAUAUAUGCAUGGACUCCUAGAUAUCCUGCUUAUGGAGGCAGUCCUGUCAGUUAACAUUCCAUGAGUUAAGGUGACAGUUAUUGGAUAUUUGGGAUCACUGAAAAAAGAAUCAUACGGGUAUUUUUACAAUCAUAAACUAAGAAUAAAAUGCUUAAUAGCAGGGGAAGGGGAGGGGAGGGUAGCUAGGUUUUUUUGUUAUUCUCCCCCAGCCCCCCAUUUUCUUGACCAAAGUGUUAUGCAAUGCUUUCUCCACACACCCAUUGAUGGGUAGGAGCUAACAGCUCAAACCACAAAAAAAGAAAAAAGAAAAAAAAUCUUUCUUAUCAAUGAAGGAUCGGGAUAAGAAACUAAUCAAUAUGUAACAAAGGGGAGACAAAUGUCACUGGAAUUCAUUCUUAAUGCUGCUAAACAAAAACAGAAAGUGUUAUAGAAAAAAAACGGGCUAUUUUAGCCUGCCUCUAGUGCACCAUAAGAACGCUGGCUUACUGUGGUUAAAGUAGCUGUACGUAGAAUCCAAAAUAAUUAAUUAAUUGUGAUGAACUAGUAAUUCACAAUGCACAGACUGCAUGGGUCAAAAUAUUGAAACAAGCUGCUGAAGCUCCAGCUUCUGAACAGCCUGUCUGUUGGAAGGUUCUGUUGGCCAGUAGAGCUGUAGAACAGAUGAAGUGGUACGCUGCGUCAGCUAUUUCUUUUGGCAAAGUGAAAACAAUCAGCCUGACCAGGAGGACAACAGCAGCAUGUAGAUUUUCUUAUUUUUAUCUUUAACCUGGCCAAGAGUUCAUCCGGUGCGACUGACUCAGUGUCUCAGUGAAUCCAGACUAAGUGGAGGGUCUUUGGAGCCUCACCUCUGGAUUGCAUCCCCUCUGUGGCACAUAUGCACAGUGUCUUAGAAAGAAUAGCCAUAGAUAAAUGGUCUUUAUUUUUAAAGUGUGCGAUGAUCAUUUUAAACCACUGGGAAGGGUCCUCUCUGGAUCCUUUCAGCCGUUUUAUGAUGUGCAAACAAUGAAAAGUGCAGGAAAAAUGCAGUCCUCACAACGACUCUUUUUUUUUUUUUUUUGCACACACCGGUGAGGUUCAGAGACCUGGACGCUUGACCGCGCCCACUGCCCACCCAGUGUGUUCCUCUCCCAGGUCCCUGCAGACCUGGAUCUAAACAGGGUAAAGUGAGUGUGCAUUCAGGAGUUCUUCAGUGACCGUGCUGAUGUAGCUGUAGUGUUAGUAAACGUAGGUGCCAGGACAUUGUAGGUUCUCUUGUAGAAAAUUGCCUUUUUUUAUUUUCUUUUUCACCUUAUUUUUGCUCAAGGUCCCCACCCCACCAGUCUUUUAUUCACAGAAAGAGGAUUUAGUCUGAAGGUGAGGCAUGCAGAGUGAUUUUUUUUUCUCGUGGCAUUGGUGAUGGGUGGCAUGAGAGACGGCGGCAUCUUGAGAAUGUUGCAGCUUCUUUGUUAUCAGUUUCUCUGCGUGUAGUCGUGACAACGCCACCAGUCCAAUGCAGCAGUCUUCUUUCAGAAGCUUCAGACAACCUCUUUCUGUUUUUUGAUAUUUUAAAAAUUGCAUUUUCGUGUAUCUCUGUAGUUAUUGGUAAUGUUUGUUGGGAUUUUUCACAUUUUUGUGAGGGGAGGAAGGCAGUCCCCAACAUUUUUCUAAACUUUUAAUAAAUUCGUAACAUCUAUUGUUUUUGCAUAACCCUUGUCCACGGUGGUAUAUGAAAAUAUAAGUCAAUUUAGAUGAACAACUCUGAAAAUAUAGAGUGUGUUUUGUUCUAUGUUUGACUGAAAUCAGACCUCUGUUGUUUGGGAAAACACGAGAGGUGCAGCAACAGAAUUUGGAUAAGAGUUUUUCACUUAAGCUAAAUAAAUAAAUAAAAACUACAUUUAAUUACUUUCGUUUUGUGUGGCUGAACUGACAUUUUUGUUCUCGUUCUUGAAAAUCUGCCUCCAUUCCUGAAAACAGUUAAAUGGAUUUUUAUUUGUGAUAAUCACAUAAAUAAAGACACAUUCUUUGUUACCAAACAAAAAGCAUGCUGCUACACAUGCUUUCUAUAUAAAAAACAUAUUAUUCAUCUUCUUUGUGUUCUGGAGGCAGAAUUCUUAGAACACAUAGAACCAAAUCCAUAUUUUCUUUUAUUGGCGUUCAGGUGACAGGACUUUAUGCAUGACGUAAUCUCAGGGGUAAAUCAUUUUAUGCAACAAAAGUCUAAUCAUUGUCACUUGAUUUAAACAGAAAAACAAAUCUCCCAUCAGUUCAGUUGCUCAGUAUUAUCAUCUGUCAGAAAACAGUGCCAGCUCUCAGAGGCAUGGUGUCUGCACCCAAAGGAAAUGUUAAAUGAAACGUUUGACUAAGAUCAUCGAGCGUUUCCAUGGGAAAGUUGACAUAAACCUGUUAUUGAUGCAGACGCAGCUCUGUGAACAGCCUCAGUUAACCUCAGUUAAAGAAACGAGACUGAUGAGCAGUCAUUAGCUCAUCAGUCCUGUGGCUGGUGGUCUGUUGCCUUUUUAUAGAGGGUCCAAACUUUAAGAUUGUGAACAUUAUUUCACCAGUUUUACACUGUUGUUGGUUUCACAUCACAAUUAUUUACAUAAAAUUUCAUGAAUUGCACCAUCAGUAGUGACAUGGGUCAAAAUGGUCAAGAUUUGAAAAAGAUUUGGUCUGAAAUAUUUACAUUAUGUUAAAUGAACUGUUGGAAAGCUGCGGCUCCUAAACUUCUCUGUUUUUCACCCACAAAAUAAAAAAUGCCGUAAAGAUCCAGACCAACAAACCUGGCUUAUAAACUAUUUAACAAAGUGUAUUGUCAAACAUUAUAAAACCUUUUAUGCUUUCUUGACCAAUAUUUCUACUUCUUUGCAACAAUUCAGGCUAAAUGUCUCACUGGCAAUCAUUUUCAAAGGUAAUUUAAUUUUCUUAUAUCUUAAGACCCCACGCUUGGUGUACGGACCCUAACCUUUGGAACAACUAGAGCCAAGUUUUAUUAAGAAACGUCUGCUGUGAAACUACUGAGCUGUUUUAGGACGGCAGACAUCCACUGUGGAUUUGGACCUGGUGUGUUGAGGGUUGAACUGAAUGGAUGAAUGUCUAAAAACAGCAAAAAUGAUUUUAGAAAGCUUUACACUAAUAUCACUGUCUCUCUAUUUCAGCCAAAAUAUACUGUAAUUCAGUUUAUGCUGUGACCCCCCCAGACUUGCUCCAUGUUGCUGCUGCUGAUGCUAUUUAUGCCUGCAAAUGACUGCAUGUUUAGGUAAUUAUUUUAUGUGAAACUGAUGUCAGUAUGUUAGGAGAUUUUCCUUUAAACUGUAAACUCUGAAGUUGUUUUAGGCAUCACCAACCCACUUUGGUUGUUUGUGUUCAGACAAGCAAUGACCUCAUCAGUCUUGUCAGACUUUAACCCUUUGUCCAACUCAGGCUGUUUUCAGACCUGGUUAGAUAUUAGUUAUUCAUGACACAAAACCACUUUUCAUUAUAAUCUGAUUGUCCUUUAAAAUGUAGUUUACUGGAAUAAGGUUCAGGGAGAUGGACAACAAUGUGGCCUCAGGAAUUUACUGAACAUCAUGUACUGCUGAGUUCUGACAAUUAAAAAGGAUCUGUUGGGAUUUGUUCUCUGUAGCAGCUGACAAGUACAAAGUAAGACAACACCUCACUGCCUGAUCUCUCAUUCCACACAUGCUGGAAAAAAGUCUUUUUUAUAAUUUAUGUUUUUUUUUUCUUUUUUUGUGCAGACAAGAGAGAUGUUUGUAAUUUCUGUACUGAAACUACCUCUUUAUUUGUGACUGUGUUUCUGUUUUUUUCUUCCUAUUUAUUGGUUUCAUUGCAACAAUGUUUGGUCUUUUUCACUCAGUGAUGUUUGAAAACUUAUAUCAAGCGCUGAUACCUGCUUUUUUUUUUUACACACAUUGCCUCAUGUUACGUUUUACCUCAGACACUCCUGUGGUGUGUCACCUCCCACUAUCUACUCAGCCUUUUGUAAAGUUAGCAUCAUCUCAUAUUUGCACUCCUGCCUCUUAUCAUAAAUCCAAAGCUGAAGAUGGAAGAAUGUCAGUGAAAAUGUCAUUGUGCAUUCUGCAGCUAACCAGUGCUUUAUUUUCUGUGUUGACCUUAUAAGUUUCAUCCUGUUAUCUUAUGACAGGCUGUUUGGCAUGUACGUUAUAUUCUCCACAUCAUGAUAUGCCUCUGUGUGUGUGUGUGUGUGUGUGUUUUAUUUUCGUUUAUCUCCUUGUGUUUUCUGAUUGUUGAUCAUUAGUAAGUCAGUUCAAGGUGACACGGAGCACUAUCAUAUCGGACUCUGUCGUUGCUUGUGAUCGAUUCUCACUCAGAGAGUGGCGGUGUGGUCAAAGUGACAUGCUGAUGAUGACGUGCGCUCACUUGCUAGCCUGAGCCUGGCACUGUGUGGCACGAGACCACACAUACUCUGGAAGCAGUGUUAUCACUGAGGCUGGCUCACAUGAUGUGGAAAAUGAUGACGCCCAGGUCUUGCUUUUUAAAGCUGCUUCCAGCAAUUUCGGUUCAGCCUUUCAGUCAGGUUUCCCCUCAGCUGAGAGGCUAUCUUAAAUGACAUCGCUAAUUUAAAGGGAUAGUUUCCCAUUUUUGAAGUGAUGUUCUGUUAAACAGUAGUUUGUACCUUGGCAGUCAUGUCAACAAUCAUAAAACAGCCUAACUAGGGCAGUUUUUAACUAACUUUUUCAAAAACUGCAAACCAGUGUGAAAAGAUGCUGUAUUAGCUAGUUUUACAUGAAACCAACUGAAUAUCUGUGUUGCCACACAAAUGUAUGUGUGCAUAGCAUAGAUUGUUGCAUGCGAAUCAUCCAGAGUAAGCUAAUACUAAACAUAGCACCACAUAAUAAUUUAGAGAUUUAAAUUUAGCUAAUGUGGCAUUCUUCCACACCAGGUUGACGUUUUUGAGAAAGUUAUUUUUAAGCCAUAAAAUUAAUAAGAAAUUGGUCCAUUUGACUUGUAGCCUAGUUUGGAUGAAGACUUUUGCCCUUUUCUGUACACAUCAUCCUCUGACAGAUGUCUUGGCUGAUAAGAAACUAAUUUUUGGUAACUAUUUGACAACACAUCAUUACAAAAUGACCUGAUUAUUCACUUAGUCUUUUAUUUUUCAUCAAGAAGUCAUGUUUAACUGUAAAGAUUUUUAAUGUUUAUUACAUUUAUAUUGCAACCUUCUCUCUUCCUGUAAUGAAAUGAACAAGUUAAUAGAACCAGGAAUUACUUUUUUUUUUAAGGCAAACCAGCAUACGGGUCCAAUCGUGGUGCCGUAGCACUGUCAGAACCCUGUUGUACAGGAGCACAAGAUGAGAGGUUUUUUUUUUAUGUGGGCUUAUCUCAGGGAAGAAAUAGAUUUACACAAUUUAAUCAACUGAAAUGUCUUUUUUUUUCUUAUGAAACCUCUUGUCUGCUCUUUUUACUGUAACUACCUGUGAAGAAUGUGAUGCAUUACGUGUUAAAAAGCAUGUUUAGAAUGUGAUAGGACUUGAAACCAAAUAAAUGUGAAUGUUAUGCAAGUGCAACCAA